AUGCUUCGUACAUGUGCAAAUGUAUUAAGACAACGAAGAUCACAAGUAUUUAUUUCAGUAAGAUUAACAGGAACUGAUCCAUCACCUGGCUCUAUAAAUGCUGCUCAUGGAAAAUUUGCUGAACGUGAACAAGCAUUCGAAAAUGCUUAUUUUAGAAAACAAACUGAAGAACUUUUGGCAAAUUUACGAAAACGUCAUAGCGACUUAGAAGUACAAUCGGAUAAUAUUGAAAAAGAACAAGAACAACUUGAAGCAGAAAUUAAAAAAUUAGAAAAACAAAGAGAAGAAUUAUUGAAAAAAACACACAAGACACAGAAAAAUUGA